AUGUUGGAAAUGAAGCAGUCUCAUCGCUAUCCGGAUAUCCAAAUUGCAAACGUGUCCAACGCUUUCACAUCUGCAGAAAGAAACCACAACCAAAUCCACAAAGAAGACCUAGCCAUUAUAUUUGGCUUGCGGAAAUUCCACCAGUAUCUGUACGGACAUUUUUUCAUGUUCAUUAUUGAUCAUAAACCACUGACGACACUUCCAUUUAGUUACUCUCUUUACAUUUCCUUUCUUUCUUUCUUUCUUUCUUUCUUUCUUUCUUUCUUUCAUCUUUUGGGUCGUUUUUCGCCACUUGUUUCUGUAGACAUUUUAAGCUUCCUCUCAAGAAUUAUGUCUGUUCAUCCUGACCGUUCUUUCCUUCUCCUCAUAAGCUCUUCUUUUCUCUCACGUUUUUUUCUUUCUAUUUUUAAUUCAUUUUCUUUUUCUUGCUUCUUGUCAACAAAACCUUUGACAAGACGCAAGAGAUCUCAUCAGCUAAUGCAAUUGUUUCUAUAG